AUGGAUGCGGACGCAAACGCAGACGGUGAUGCGGCGGCUGAUGCUGAUGCUCAGGCUUAUUCUGACGUUAAUGCUGAGCCCGCCGCGGAAUCUGCCGAUAUGGAAGCCCCGAAAGCAGAGCCGAGCGAGGAACCACCCACAAAGCUAGCAGGCGAGGUAUCACAGCCCAGUCCAGCAGUGGCUGCAUCUGGCCGAAAUCGAGCUGUGGCUGCGCUGCGAGAGUCUACGAAGCUCCGCCUUUGCUUUGCUGCCAUGUCAGCUGCAUCUCACGAGGGCGUUUCGAAGGACAGACCUUCGCAGAGCCAGCAGACAGCCGCGCCUGCAGCGAACGGUCUCGAUGAAGCGGCGGGAUCCGAACAGGCCGAAGAGAAGGUCGCGGUGAAUGAGCAAGACUCGACUGGCGACGAGCAGGCGGCCGCAUCUACGGCGCCUGCAGAUGGCGAGAAUGUGCCCGCCCCGGGCGAGAACGACGUGAAGGAGGUGAAGGACGAGCCCAUGGAACAGACUCCUUCGAUGGCUGUCGAUGAACACACGGACACGACGACCGCAGAUCAGCCUGCAGCGUCCAAAGCAGCAGCAGCCGUCAAGACAGAAGAAGAGGAGUCCAAGGUGGACGCAGCAGGCAAAGAGGCUACGGAAGAAUCUGUACCUGCCAACGAUGCGGCAGAAGCAGCCUCCACGGACGGCACUUCCCGAAAGACGCGCCAGACUGCCGAUGCGGCUCCGCAGUCCAAAGGCCCGCCGCAACUCUCGCUGAACCGCAUCUUUCUCUCGUUCGCAGCCAACCGGAAGCGGCUGGCGAUCGACGCCGAGGCGGUGCGGUCGGUCAGGAUCCACCGUUCGGAGCAUUGGAUCGAGAUCCGGCUGCUUGCUGCCCGCGCAUCCGGCCAAGCGGCGCGCAAGAAAGGCGACGAGUAUCUGGUGAGCCGCGGCACGCUGCUCGAGAAACGCGACAAGGGGCAGGACAACUACACUGCGCUGACGCGGAGCGAGAUCGCGGCGGCGUGGGCAAGCGCUGGGGCGAGUUCCGAGGCGAGCAGCGGCGCGGACGACGGAGGGCACCUGGAGCUGCCGCCGUUCUUCCGGCUUGGCGACGAGGCGGACGCGGGCUCGGAGCUGACGCUGCUCGUACAUCUUGAUCCGUCGGCGCCGCUGCCGGAGCCGGCGUGGCUGCGCAAGAACGAGGUGGACGAUCUGCUGGCGAGCCUGCAGCAGCGUUCGGGCGGCGUGGAAGCCGCGCAGCACGUGUGGUUUGGCAAGGUGGAGGUGGUGGAUCCGGAUCCGCCGCCGUCGAUGACGACGGUGCUAUACGAGUGGGUCAAAGAGUCGUUGAUCGGAAGCCAGAAGGAGCGGCGCAAGUUUGUCGACGAUCUGCUGCGCAACCGCCCACGCCGUGCGCCGGUUGAGGUCAAGAAGGAGCAAGUCGAGCCUGCUGUUGGAGUCAAGACGGAGCAGGGUGCGACAGAGGUGGAGAUGGAUAGCGAGCGGGAUGCGCGUGUGGCACGCGCGUAUGUCGAGAUGGUUCUGCGGCUGCUCAAGGGCGAGCGUGCUGGCGUCAGCGCGGGGUCGGGCGAGGGUCUUGCGGACGUGCUGGGACAGGCCACGCUGACGAGCAGCACGACGUGGGCGGGGCUGGUGAUGCUGGCGCUGCUGCAGCUGCCGCUCGACGCGGGCGUGGCGCCGGCGCACGUGCGCGCCGCAGUCGAUGCGCGCCUCAUACAGAUCCCGCACGCCACGCUCAUCCGAGCCAUCGACUUGACGUGGAAGGACACGGUCGAGGCCGAGAGAAAGAGCGCCGCGCAGCCGGCCGGAAGCCAGCAACAGCAGCAGCAGCAGCAUGGAAGACAUCGACACCACGCGCACGGUCGAAACCGGUCGGGCCAUGGCGCGCACAAGCGCAAGCGCAACUAG